AUGGAAACCUUCUUUACAUAUGUCAAGGCAAGGGAUUCUAUGCUCAAUGAUUUCUUGAAUGAGCUUAUACCAAUAUCUAAUGAAAAUUUGCUAUCAUUCCCUGAUGAGAUUUUGCCGAAGCCAAAACCAUCAACACCAGAAGAAAGAGAAGAUGAGAAUGAUGAGCUCAGCAACCCAAUUUCCUCGGAGUAUACUCAGGUGCUUCAACUAGAAUUGUUUGAGGAAGCAACUGUCCAACCUGAAGAUGUUGCUGAAGACGCUACCACCGAACCAGCCACCGAGCAUACCACCAACUUAUUUACGUGUCAUAUCACACACAUUUACACGCGAUCAAUAACCGGUUUCGUUUACCUUUGCAAAUCAUGCGGGUUCGAUCUUCAUCCGUGUUGUGCAAAGCUACCGAUGGUGUUAGACGACGGAGAAGUGAAACUGUAUCUGCAUAGGAGAGUGAGAGAAGCAUGCCAUAGAUGUGAACAUAAAGGGAGGAGUUGGAGUUACGGGUCAGGUUGCAAAAAGUAUAACUUGCAUGUUGCAUGUGUUAGGAAAAUGUUGGUGGAGAAUUGGCAUGAAUUACACUUUGGACAUGGCAAGGGUAGUACAAGGAAACUGGAGACAAGAAUCCCAAGCUUGAAAAACACACUUCAAAUGCCUCAUAAAAGGAGUAAAGGGAAGGCAAAGAAAUGCUGUGAGAUGGCUGCUUUGACUCUGCAAUUUGUGAUAUCGGCUGUGCUUGGGGAUCCCACUGCUCUCAUUGCUGGGGUCAUUGGAAGUUUGAUGCAAUAG